CUCAUGAAAGCAAACCGGAUGACGGAUAGUUUUAAAGCUGGACUCGUGCGGCUAUUUUCUUUUUUCGCCAUAAGUGUUUUUUUUUCUGUUGUUUUUUUCUAUAAUUAUUUAGAUAUUUUCACACCGGUGGUUUUGUAACGUUACCCGGGAUUGCAUCUCGAAGUUCCCAAAGAUGAACUUCGAUCCGGUGGUCAGGAAACUUUCUGUGUUGGUGGUGACGCUUGUCCUCAGUCUGGUUUGUCACGCAGCAGAACCUCCAGCACCACAGUGGUCCAGCGAUGAAUAUAGAAACAUCACCCUGAGGCGAGCCAGAACCUGCAUCGAGAACGAACAGUACCUAAACCAGGGACUCUGCUGCCUCAAUUGUCAAGCUGGAACUUUUGUGCAGAAGGCCUGUGAAAGAGACCAAGAGCAGGGGACUUGUCUUCCUUGUGAUCAUGGCGAGACUUACACAGAGCACUCCAACGGGAUGAACCGCUGCUUGCCUUGUACACACUGCCGCUCAGAUGAGAUCGAAACUGCAUCCUGCACCAGAACCACAGACACCAGGUGCCAGUGCAGACAGGGUACCUUCUGUGUGCCAGAUCAGGCCUGCGAAGUCUGCAAACGCUGUGCCAAGUGUAAAGCAGGCGAGGAGGAAGUGAAGAAGUGCACUUCCUUUUCCAACACAGUGUGUCGAAAACGGGAUCUGAUCCCCACAGAAACCUCGACAGUCCUUCCUACGCCGACCCCGACUUCUCCAGCAGACAUCGCUCUUCCUAUAUGCAUUUUCCUGGCGAUCUCCCUCAUCGGCAUCCUCGUCGGUCUGGCUGUGUGGUGGUUCGUAAUCAAGCAGCGCUCAUGUGAAAUACCAUGUACAAAGAGCCAUUGUGACUCCAGUGAAAUUGUGAAGAUUCCUAUUGACGAGAGUGCUCCCACAGCAGAGGAGAGACAGAAUAAUCAGAACGCCGGCCUGGAGGGGGAGGAGAACCGUCCGGAGUCGCGACCUCUGCUGCAGGAGACGCAGCCUGGGAUGACCAAAGCUUCCCCUCCCCUCGAGGAUGAAGAUCGAGGACUAGGGGACAGUUUACCCAACACUACUAGUUCGUCUCAAACUAGCCUGUCAGCCCUGCCAACAGCGGCUUCCUCUGGUAACACCCCACACCAGAGCCCCACUGCCUUCAGACUGCCACCCGCAGCCACGGAUGAUCCUCUCCAGCAUCGAUUGCUGCCGCUACAAGGGUCAGAAAAAUCCCUAAAGAAGAGCUUUGACUUGUUCGAUGAGUACCUGGACGUACGGAUCCAUAACAAGUUCUUCAGAAUGAUCGGGGUCAGCGACAACCACAUUCGGAUCGCGGAGAACGGCCCCCCCGGUGACAAAGUAUACGAACUGCUGAAGAACUGGAUGCAGAGGCAGGGACUAAAAGCCGACAUCAACGACCUGUUGGAGGCUUUGCUUAGCAUGGACCAGCGUCGCUCGGCCGAGAACAUCGCCUCGGCAGCCCUGCGGAGAGGCUACUACAAGCACGCAGACACACCCUGAAAGCUGAAGUAGCAGGGGGGGCGACUGCAAAAUGAAGAAAAAAACAAAGUACUUAAAAACCUGAAAAACUAAAAGCACACAGACGCUGUCGGUGGACGUCGUGUCUCACAAACAGGCUUACCUCUCUGUGGCCCGACCAGCCGCACAUAUUCAAAAGCCAGUAGUUUUAAAAAGAAAAACACAAAAAGGGGAAAGCCGAGCCGUAUUGAUCAGCGCUUCUGAGGAUGUUGACUACAUGCCAAAUGCUUGAGGUGUAAUAAUGAGAAAAUGAAGAAGAAAAAAAAAAAAAAGUGGUCCAAUCUUGAGAGUUUUACCACCCCAAAGAUGACCACGAAAAUCUAAAAAAGCAGAAUAACAUGAAGGCGUCAACUUCCGUCAGGCAGAAAGGGCUGCAUGUUUUAGGCUCUAGAGAAGCAGACACGCAGCCAAAAUACUGAAAGCUUAGAAGUCUCUGGGUGUAUGUGUGUCAUCUGGUUGUCAACCCAGAUUAUUUUAUACUACCUUGAGACAAGGAUAUACACUGGUUUGUAGGAGUGGCAUUAGCUAUGUCACGUAUACUGUGCCUCUCUGAUGCACUGACCUCUGGCACAUGUAGGAUUUGAAACUACAGUCAUGCUAUAUUUGUUGUUUUUUUUUUUUGUAGAUGUUAGACUCCUCUGAAACCAUAUGUAACAGAACAUGAACACUUUUUCUUGUCAAAUGAUAGCGAAAUAUUGUCCAUUUGUUAUGACAGGGAUUAACACGCAGCCUUACUAAUCCUAAACUUUACCUCUUUUUAAUGCCAUUCGAUAAUCUAAAUUUGUUAAAGGGGUGAAUCUUUUUCAUGAUGUCAUUAUGUUCAUACAGCAUAGUGAUCCAGAAAUGUUGCAUUGGAGACUUUUUUUUUUCAGUCAUCCAAUUUCUUUUUUUUUUGUUUUUUUUUUAUUGUUCAGUGUUACUACUCACACGACACAUUGUAGAAGGAAUUUCACAAGCUGUUUGUGUUAAUAGUUUAGUUUCCAUAAUGUUUCCAUGUAACUUGGAGAACUUCAAAGGUCAUUUUAUUUAUUGACAUAUUUAUUGUAAUGAAUAAUAAUUAUCUUUCAAUAUUUAUAUCAUUGCCAAAAAAAACAGAAACGACCCUGGAAAACACGCACUAUACACAUUUAUAUUUGUGUUAUCAUGUUUAGCUACAGGGCAAAAAUGACUGAAAUCAGAGUUUUUGUUUGUUGUUUUUUUUUUAAAUAAGGUGUGGUUGAAACUCUGUUCCUGCUCGCUGCGCCGUGUUCAGUGUAGCACUGCGGUCCACACUGUCGAUGUGUAACGUCACAUACGCAACAGUUUCCACCUGAGAGAGAAAAAAACAAACAUCCAUCAGUGUCGAAGCUUUCAACGUGACUAAAUGCAGAAUGUGUCAUGUUUAAAAUUGGAGUUUAGGUGAAACCUUUUUAGACAUCUUUAAAAAAAAAAGAAGAAGGAAAAAAAAAAAAAAAAAAAGGACUAGCCUGUUGAGUCCAACCCGUUCAGUUAAGUUAACCGCCUGACCGAAAUAGUCCUAUACACGGCAGCGGUGACAAGAGAGAUGCAGGUACGGAUUGUUUUGUCUCGGUUUGACUCAGACAAGAUGAAGGAAACCUUUUCUGGAUUUAAAAAAGAAAAAGAAGGAAAAAAAAAGCUCAAUUUUAUUAUUCCCCCCCCCCCCCCAAUACUGUAAUUUUUGUACAUACAUUUCCAAUGAGCAUAUAAGCCUCACAGAGUGUAUAUGUAUGCAGCUAUAUUAACAAAUAAAAAUGACUGUAGUGAGGUAUGAAGUUAUUAAGGACAACAGAAACACAGAUAUCAGAGUGGCUGCUGAUGAUGAUGUGCCAUUUUAAACUUAAAGAUUUCUGUCCAUUUCUCUGCAGUCUCUCCAUGUAUAAAGAAAAAGAGUUAGUUAUAUAUUAUUGCUGAAGAGUGAUGCUACAGUGCUGGCACUGCCAUCUAUUGACAGACAAUGAAAAUACAGCCUGCAUCAAUUUCUAGGGAACCUCUUUCUCUCACCUAACAUUCUCCUUUUAACUUUUCUUUUUUUUUUUUAACACAUCCAUUUCUCAACUUUAUAGCCUGUUUUCUUUUAAAUUCGCUUUCUCUCACCUGUUCCUGAAGUAACAUAGCAGUGAAUAGGCAAUCAGUGCAUGUUUUGUUUACUCUGUGGCAGUUCAUGUGAGUGUAUGUCUAUUCUGUUUUUUUUUUGUUUUUUUUUAAAGAAUAUAAUUUCUGUGUUUUUAUCUUUUACAUAUUUCAUUGCAAAUCCUGAUCUGUUCAUUUAAGUUCCCAACUUUGUGUAAAAAAACUGUCUGUUCAGUGCCGUUAAGCCAUUUCCCCCUUAGUUAUUGUUUGCUUGCCUUGAAUUUCAGAUAUAAAUUAUGCAAAUACAUCAAAGCUGUUUUUAUGUCUAUUUCAAAUAAAUGUUUUGUA